AUGGAGACGAUACCCCCUGAAAAUGGUGAGCGAUCUACAGGCAGCGAUGUUAAUGAAUACGCUGGCGAAUAUUACGUCGAGUCACCGAAUACUUUGCAUACCUGCCCACCUGUCAGCUAUACAGAGAACACUAUUUCCAGGGAACUGAGUGGAUCCUCUUCCGCUUCAAUUAAUGGGAACUGGCAGGCGGCGGAAGAGACGGAGUCACGUAGCUCGCGAAACACUUCACCUGCCCAGUCUGUUUCGCACACCGCCUGGCCUUUUGGUCCCGCAAACUCUGACAGCAACAAUGGACAAGCCGUCAUUGAUUGCACAGCAGGAACCUUGCCUGACGCGGCUAUGCAAAAGGUCAUAUCCGCAGCUCGUACGUGCAUUCGAUCGGACUACCUUUCUCUCCUGGAAAUGAACCUCCAGCGCUGGGCUACAGAUGGCCUGUGGCACAAAACAGUGCCGCCGCCCUACCAAAGAGCUGGUCGAUGCGAAUACGAAAAGCUACAGAAGGCGUAUUCGUGUCUCUGUCGCCUCGAUAUGCGGAUGAAGGAUGACGCCAUCCGGAGCAGGAUGGCCAUGGUCCUUCUCCACCUCGAGUAUGAAAAUACCUACGUCAAAUGGAAGAGAGGAGCCCCUGGCGGCAUGAAGCCGAUGACAGAGGUGGGCAGGGGCACGAUUAGCUCCAUGAUUGAUGAUAUUCUGGAAAACACACAUCCGCAAUGGAAGACGGCCGGCUCACGGGAGAAGUCGCAGCUGCGGGCAAAUUUUCACGAACGCAAACGAUUUGGAAAGAGGUGGUGGAUCCUCAUAAACGCCCUCGGACCGAGCAUAUUGAUAUUGUGUUCUUCAAAGUUUGCCGCUAUAAUGUAA